AUGGGGAACAGAAACGAGGAAGAUUAUAACUUUGUCUUCAAGGUGGUGCUGAUCGGCGAGUCAGGCGUGGGGAAGACCAAUCUGCUAUCCCGAUUCACUCGCAAUGAGUUCAGCCACGACAGCCGUACCACCAUCGGGGUUGAGUUCUCCACCCGCACUGUCAUGCUGGGCACCGCUGCCGUCAAGGCUCAGAUCUGGGACACGGCUGGCCUGGAGCGGUACCGAGCCAUCACCUCGGCGUACUAUCGUGGUGCGGUGGGGGCCCUACUGGUGUUUGACCUAACCAAGCACCAGACCUAUGCCGUGGUGGAGCGCUGGCUGAAGGAGCUCUACGACCACGCCGAGGCCACGAUCGUCGUCAUGCUCGUUGGUAACAAGAGUGACCUCAGCCAGGCCCGAGAGGUGCCUACUGACGAGGCCCGCAUGUUCGCUGAAAACAAUGGGCUGCUAUUCUUGGAGACCUCGGCCCUGGAUUCCACCAACGUUGAGCUGGCCUUUGAGACUGUCCUCAAAGAGAUCUUCGCCAAGGUGUCCAAGCAGAGGCAGAACAGCACCCGGACCAAUGCCCUCACCCUGGGCAGUGAGCCGGGCCCUGGUGAGAAGAGGGCCUGUUGCAUCAGCCUCUGA